AGUUGCAUUUCUGAGGACACAAACCGGCUUGUCUGAUUUGUUUUGAGCAAUACGUUUGCACGCGUCUCUCAAAAAAUGUUAGGACUUUCUGAAUUAGCUCUCUUGAGUAUUCCGUUGUUUUGUAUAGCAAUGGUUAAAAUAGUAAAUUAUAAACCUGAACCUAUUUUCAACGUUUAUCAAAGACCCAAUAGUUAUUACUGGAUAAAAGUAACUAUCAUGUUCAUUCUUCUAUAUGUUAAACAGCUAGUGAACAAGAUAAUAAGAGCUCUCAAGGAUAAGGACGAUCUUCAAAAGUACCAUAAAGAAUUAGAAACGAAUCAGAAUCUAUCCUCACACAAACAGGCAACAAAUGCUGUAUAUUUCAAAGGUAGUAGCGAAAACGGUGACCACAUAAUAGUAGCUGUAACUAGAAGAAUCAAUAAACUUGUUGAUAGCUACAUAUUUUUGAAAAUCAACAACGAGAAUAUUGGUCUUCUGGAAGGUUUACAAUUGCCAGAUACCACUUCAUAUCAAACUGAGAGUAACACAGGAUUUGAAGUUGAUGGUCUUUCUGUACAAUGUUUGGAACCCAUGAAGACAUGGAGGAUAAAAUACCAAGGAAAAAUGAAGAAGUCCAAGGACCCCUCAAUUAUUUUCAAUGUUGAUCUGGACGUGAAAUACACAUCCAACCUACCUUUAAUCGAUUUUGAAACCGAUAUAGAUCCACUGACAAUGGCCAAAUGUAUAGCUCUUGAAAAAUGGAACAAGGAGUUUUUUCAGUUGCUCAAAGGGAAUUCUCAAACGCUAUAUGAACAACAUGGUAAUAUCGAAGGAUAUGCUGCAAUAAACGGAAACACAUUCGAUUUGGACAUGUAUAGUUCUAAAAAUCGAAGCUUUGGACAACAAGGAGAAUGGAGAAAUGUGCACAAAUAUAAUUUACACAUGUUCUCAACUGAAAGUGGAGAUAGGUUCACCGUAGGGGAAUACUGUUUUCCGUUAACUCUUUCGAGUUUCAAAAUGGGAUUUGUUUAUUCAGCAACUGAUGAAAAAGUGUACCCCAUAACAUACAACGACUUCCAACUUUAUCAACAUGGUGAAUCUGGCAAUCCACCUUCAGAUUACGCUUUCACAAUUAUAGCAGGAGGAAGAACAUACACAAUAAAAGUAGAUGUAAUUGAUUCAUCCCACUUCUAUAUUAGUAAGGAUUGGGAAUGUAAGAUCAUCCAAAGAUUUUGUUCUUUUAAAGUAAAUUCGCUAAAAGGAUGGGGUACUUCAGAAUGUCAACAAAGAAAUAUGUUAGGAAGAAGUAUCAUUCAAAAUAAUAAUGGGAUAAACUCAAUGGCAAACAACACACAUUCGGAAAAUAAUUCAAAAUUAUUAUGUGGAAAGUACAGAAGUGUUUGUGAGUCAAAAAGUCAAUCAGAAAACAAUAUAAAAAUUAAGAUAAAAACGGAAAAUCGAAGACAGAACAAUACGGAACUUGUAAUAAACCAAGAAUUAAUUUGUGAGCAAUGUGAAAAAGUAUGUGAGUCACGAAUAGAAUUCUGGAAACAUCUAAGAACACAUGAUGCAAAAUAAAAUGGGACAAAACCAAGAAGUUAAGUACAACAUUCAAUAACAUUAUUGAAUUGAUUUAUCAGUAUUGCAGAAAGGUCCUUGGAUCUAAGAAGAUUUAUCGGGUUUUCUAACAUAUUAUGUAUAAAUUUUCAUACAAAGAUUCUGCAAGUUUAUUUCUGUGAUUAAAUUGUACAUAAAACCA